AUGUUACUUUUUAUCUUUUAUAUUUUCUUUAAAAUAUUAAAUUGUCUAUAUUAUCUAAAUUAAUCCGAUUGGUAUUUUAAAGAAUAUACAAAUGAAACAAAUCUUUAUUCGAAUUUUAUGAGAGCUUCUAUUCCUUCUACAGUGCAUCUAGAUUUAUCAGACAAUUAAAUAAUGCCUGAUCCUUAUUUCAGAGAUAACUUACUCUAAUAUUAUUAAUUAGAAUAUAAAGAUUGGGUUUAUACAACAUUAUUAGAUACUUAAAAAAUAUAAGAGAUAUUUUAAAAAUAAAAUUAUGAUUAAAUUGAAUUAGUUUUUGAGGGUUUAGAUACUCAUGCAGAUGUUUAUUUAAAUUAAAAUUUAAUACUUUAAACUAAUAAUAUGUUCAGAACAUGGAAAAUAUAUAACUUUGAAAAAUAUAUAAAUUAAAAUAUUAAUAUUACUAUUAUAUUUAAAAGUUCCGUUAAACAUGAUUUAGAUGAAGAAAAAAAACUACUACCAAUAAAACUGCCUUAUAAUUAUACUUUUUCAAGAAAGGCAGCAUAUUAAUAUGGAUGGGAUUGGGGACCUAGAUUAGUUACAUGUGGCAUAUGGAAAGAUGCUUAUUUACAAUUUAUAAAAAAAGGCAAAAUACUCAAUUCUCAUUUUAGAACUUUAUAAUUAACAAACAUUUAUUAAAAAAAUGGGACUGCAUAAAAGGCUUUAAUGGAAUUAAAUAUAGAAUUACAUUUACUAACUUCUUAUAACAAUUAUUCUAUAUAAGUAUUUUGUGAAAAUUAAAUAAUUAUACAGAAAUAAUUAAUUUAAUAAAAUUUAAAAAACAUAUAUUAAUUUGAAAUUUAAAAUCCUAUAUUAUGGUGGUGUAGAGGUUUAGGAUAGCCUUUUCUUUAUAAAUUUUAUGUUUAUUUGCUUUUUAAUAAUUAAGUUAUUGAUUUUUAAUAAUAUAGCAUAGGUAUAAGAUAAAUAAAGGUAUUAUAAAGAUAAGAUUUAUUAGGAAACGGAACUUCUUUUAUGUUUUAUUUAAAUGAUAAUUAUGUUUUUAUGAAAGGAUCUAAUUAUAUUCCUCCUGAUAUGUUUAUGCCUAGAGCUUAAAAAAAUCCAGAAAUUUAUAUGAAAAAUAUUUAAAAUGCAAUUAAAGCUAACCAUAAUAUGAUUAGAUUGUGGGGAGGAGGUUAAUUUGAAUACGAUAUAUUUUAUGAUUUAUGCGAUUAAAAUGGAAUUCUUAUAUGGCAUGAUUUAAUGUUUGCGUGUGCAAUGUAUCCUUCAAAUAAUUAGAUUUUGUAAAAUAUUGAAAAAGAAUUAUUGAUAAUUUAUUAAGAUUAAGAAAUCAUCCUUCUAUUGCUUUAUGGAAUGGUAAUAAUGAAGUGUAUAUAGAAUGGUUAGAAUCAAGAUGGUAAGAUAAUCUUACAGAUACUCAAAGAUAAACUGUUUGGGGAUGGUAUAUUGAUAUAUUUAAUAUAACAAUAAGAAAGACUAUUUUAGAUUAUGAUCCUGAUACAUUUUAUUGGCCUACAUCACCAUCUAAAUCUUCUAUACAUUAAUAUUCUAUAAAUUAAGGGGAUAUUCAUUUUUGGAAUGUAUGGGCAAACAUAUCCUAGAUAGAAGAUUAUAAUUCUUUCGUUGGAAGAUUUAAUAGCGAAUAUGGGAUGCAAGGUAUAUUAUCUUAUUAGUCUAUAAGAAAAUUCACAUUUGAAUAAGAUAGACAUUUAAAUUCUACUAUAUUAUAAUAUCAUGAAAGGCAUGUUUCUGGUUGGCCAAAUCUUUAAUUUUAUCUUUAAAACUAUUAUCAUGAACCUAAAGAUCUAUAAACCUAUAUAUAUGCUAGUUAGAGUAUGUAAGCUUAUGCCAUAUAGACUGCUAUACUAGCUUUAAGAAGUAAAAAAACCGUAUUGUAGUGGAUCUUUAUAUUGGUAAUUAAAUGAUGUUUGGCCAGUAGUUUCUUGGUCUUCUGUUGAUUUUUACGGAAAUUGGAAAGGAUUGCAUUUUAGGGGAAAAAAUCUAUAUGAAGGAUUAAUUGGUGUUUUAGAACAAUAAUAAAAUGAUUUUUUUAAUUUAAAGAUUAUUAACGAUUUUUAUGAAGAUUUUAAAGUAAAAAUAAGCUUAAGUAUUAUUAAUAAUGAAGGGUUUGAAUUGGUAAAAAUAUUAGAUUAAAAUGUAUUUUUUAUAGAGGAAAAUAGUAAUGUUUGUAUAUUUAAAAAUAUGGACUUAAUUAGUUAAUAUUAGAAGAAUUAAAUUGGUGCUUAUUUAUAAAUUUAAUAUGGAGAAGAAAAAGACUUUUUUUGGGAAAAAAUAUUUUAUUUUGUCAAACCGAAUGAGUUUUUAUAUAAAAAAAGCUCAGUUUAGGUACAUUUAGAUAGUUUUGGUAAAAAUAUUAUUGUCUCAAGUGAUAAAUUAACAAGAGAUAUUUAUAUUUUAUGUGAUAAUGAAGAUGAAAUUGAAGGUUUAUCAAAUAAUUAUUUCGAUUUAGUACCUGGUAAAGUAGUUAGUUUGAAAUAUGAAUAAAAAGAUGUUUGUUAGAAUAUUAAAUAUUAUUCCCUUAAUUAAUUAUUUUUAGAUAAUAAUACAAUAUAAAAAGGAGUUUAUUGA